UUGUUUAAAGUCAUGGCGCUCUCUAAGAGUCUGAGGCAUAGCCCGUGUCCCUUCCAGACACCCGGAGGCGUCUUCUGGAUCACAAUCACUUCUUCCAUCCUACACCUGACAUCCUUUCGUGACCAGUCCAUGAGAAGAACCACCAGUUACAGCAAACGCCCAGAAUAGCCCUUGAAGGACACCACUCGAGCGGAGGGCGGUAAGUCAGCGACGUCUUCUCGUCCAGUAUUCUCCGAUAAUUCCUAGUAUUCGGAGGACAAGGAUUCGGCCGGUAGAUGAAAGAGAUUUUUUGUGUUCUUUGCAGGAACACAAAGUCACUGUUUCUGGCUGUGUUUCACCGGAUCUAACAACGAACCAACUUCCGGUCCUGCCAAUAUGUCUUCCGAGUCUUGAGUGUCUGUAUUUCUGCCCGGAGUUACCGCUGGGUGCGACAGCCAGUAGCUACUUCCGCCAGAAGUCCCUAGCGGCUGGGGCUCCGAUGCUGCCGCGACGCCGGGUCCUUCUCCCCCGCAGCUUGCCGGUCGGUGGUCGGGGGCAGCGGAGACUGCGGGAUCUGCCGCGAAGCCUUCUCUGCGGCUGAAGUCCCAGCCAGCGGUGAGGAAAAGACUCUGGGGAGCGGCCAGGGCGGUGCCCGCAGGCCUUGACGCACCCGCCCAACCGGGGCGGGGCUCGACCUCCCGGCCCGCCCAGCUGGGGCAUUGGGUCUGCGGAUUAACGGCCUGGCCCCUGCGGGAGUCGGCAUCCACCCCCGAGCUGCGGCCGCUCCUCGGGGAACAUGGAGUUCGCGGAGCUGAUUAAGACCCCACGAGUGGACAAUGUGGUGCUGCACCGGCCUUUCUACGCUGCUGUGGAAGGGACCCUGUGUCUGACGGGCCACCACCUGAUCCUGUCCUCCCGGCAGGACAACACGGAGGAGCUCUGGCUCCUUCAUUCAAAUAUCGACGCCAUUGACAAACGAUUUGUGGGCUCUCUAGGUACCAUCAUCAUAAAGUGUAAAGAUUUCCGAAUUAUUCAGUUGGAUAUUCCUGGAAUGGAGGAAUGUUUAAAUAUAGCAAGUUCCAUUGAGGCACUAUCCACUCUGGACUCAGUCACCCUGAUGUACCCUUUCUUCUACCGACCCAUGUUUGAGGUGAUCGAAGAUGGCUGGCACUCCUUCCUUCCUGAGCAAGAAUUUGAGCUCUACUCUUCUGCUACCAGUGAAUGGAGACUGAGCUAUGUCAAUAAGGAAUUUGCCAUCUGUCCUUCCUACCCACCAACCGUCAUUGUGCCCAAGUCCAUCGAUGAUGAAGCUCUUCGGAAGGUGGCAGCCUUUCGACAUGGGGGUCGCUUCCCAGUACUGAGCUAUUACCAUAAAAAGAACGGCAUGGUGAUCAUGAGAAGUGGUCAGCCUCUAACUGGCACAAAUGGGAGAAGGUGCAAGGAAGACGAGAAGCUGAUAAAUGCCACCCUCAGGGCAGGAAAGCGUGGCUACCUCAUUGACACCAGAUCACUGAAUGUGGCCCAGCAAGCCAGAGCCAAAGGAGGUGGCUUUGAACAGGAAGCUCAUUAUCCCCAGUGGAGACGGAUUCACAAGUCCAUUGAGAGAUACCAUGUUCUUCAGGAAAGCUUAAUCAAACUUGUGGAAGCAUGUAACGAACAAACCCACAACAUGGACCGAUGGCUCAGCAAGCUGGAGGCCUCCAACUGGCUGACACACAUCAAGGAGAUCCUGACCACUGCCUGCCUGGCGGCCCAGUGCAUCGACAGGGAAGGAGCAUCAGUAUUGAUUCAUGGGACAGAAGGAACUGAUUCCACCCUGCAGGUGACUUCUCUGGCCCAGAUCAUCCUAGAACCGAGAAGCAGGACCAUCCGAGGCUUUGAGGCCCUGAUUGAGAGAGAGUGGCUGCAGGCGGGGCACCCGUUCCAACAGCGCUGUGCACAGUCAGCCUAUAGCAACAGCAAGCAGAAGUGGGAAGCGCCCGUGUUUCUUCUCUUCUUGGACUGUGUGUGGCAGAUCCUCCGGCAGUUCCCUUGCUCCUUUGAAUUUAAUGAGCAUUUCCUUAUCUUGCUCUUUGAGCAUGCUUAUGCCUCCCAGUUUGGAACUUUCCUGGGCAACAAUGAAAGUGAAAGAUGUAAGUUGAAGCUACAGCAGAAAACGAUGUCUUUAUGGUCAUGGGUCAAUCGGCCCAGCGAGCUGAGUAAAUUCACCAAUCCACUCUUUGAAGCCAACAACCUGGUCAUCUGGCCUUCUGUAGCUCCGCAGAGUCUCCAGCUGUGGGAAGGAAUCUUCCUACGUUGGAGCAGAUCCUCUAAGUAUCUGGAUGAAGCAUAUGAGGAAAUGGUUAACAUCAUUGAAUACAACAAGGAGUUACAAGCCAAAGUCAAUGUCCUGAGAAGGCAGUUGGCCGAAUUGGAAACAAAGGAUGGGCUACGAGAGAGUCCUUGAAAGAUCUCCUACCUGUCCUGAGGACCUGUCUAGGCCCGAGUCUGUCUCUCCCUCUGUUUGCCCUUCAGUUCAUGUACACAGUAGCCUUGAACUUGGCUAUAGGCGUGGGAUCCCUGUAACGUUAAGGCCUUCUCAGUACUGCAAGGUUGAAGUCACUCCAGCACACACUGAUAUGGCCAGUUAGGCCCUUUGUUUUAGAAGCAGGAGCCUAUGCCCUAGGCUGUCUUCUGUCAUCACUUUCUAAACAGUGGUCCAGACUAGUUAAGAAUCUGUCUAAAGCAUGGGCCAGCUUAGUUGCAUUCAAGUAUAAAAGUGUUUUCAAAACAGACAUGGUUGAGAAGCCAGAAUUGUAUGUUUUCACAUGUCAUCCUGCCUCUAUCCUCCACCCUCAGGUAUAAAAUGAUCGUUCUUUUUUAAAACAAUUUUGGAUUAACAAAGCCUGUUUUGUCAAGAAGGAAAAUCACGAUAGUUAUUUGUGAUACAUCUUUGUACAAGGGCAACAGGUGAUAAUUUCAUUAAGAAAAGGUAAAUUUACAAGGAGACACUAAAAGUAUGUGCCAUCGAGAAUUGAAGCAGUAAUUCCUUACUGUAGCCAUCUGCUACUGUUGCAUUGGUUUUUCAGGUUUAUGACCAUACAUACAAAAUGUGCUUUAAGUGAUGGGAGUGAAUGAAGCCAUCGCUUGCAUAGAACUCACUGUUUAGAACUAUAGAACAUAUACAGCACCCGUAAGGGCUGAGUUCUUACUGCACUGGUUGGUGGCUGCCCCCGUGUGACUUGAUUUACUUUUCAAUAUUCUCAGAGUUGACUUGUGCCACAGUAAGGCCUACAUGUCAGCGUGAGCCAUUUGUUAGUCCAUCUUGUGUGCCAACCUGUUGUUUCUGUGUUAGGCAGACUGGAUUGCACUGGAGGAGGAACCUAGGAAAGUGGUCCAGCUGCUUGAAGCCUUGCUGUGUCAGAAGCAGCAUAGUUGCUAUGUUCAACUCUGAGUGCUGCAUCUUUGCAUGUCUGUGGCUUGGUGCUUCCCAGAUGUCUGUUUCAUGGCAGUUGCCAAGUGCUUGCUGUUGCAAAAUGCUGUCAUUUCUAGAAGAGGAUAGUUGCAGAGUAAUUUUAAAGCCAUGUCAACGUCAUCUGUAUAUAGUUGUUUCUCUGUACCCUUCUCUGAGCUUUGAAAGUAGAACUGCCGGGGGUGGUGCCUCUCUAAUCCCAGCAUUUGGAAGGCUGGGCAGGAGGAUUUUUACAUUUGAGGCCACCCUGAGCUAUAUAAUGGCUAGCCUGACCUAGUGAGUGAGACUGUCGAGAAGACGGAUCCUGAUCCUUGGGCCCUGCAGAAGCGUUGGAAAAUGGCCACUGCCUUCAACCUCUAGUUGCCCCGCCUCGUCUUCCUUUCUCCUUCCAGUGAACUGUGGCAGAAGGUCAGGCCCCGAUCAGCAGUCCCCAUUCUGUUGGUGGCUUUGCCCAUUGCCACCUCUAAGCUCAGCUCUAUUCUUGACCUACUCCGACUCACUGAGGGGUGGAGCACAAGCAAGACUGUCUUGCUGUAGGCCUGCUUUAUGUGAAUUGACCAUCUCAGUUUAGAAAAAGAAAUUGCCUGAACUUUGGGGCACUGCCCAGUCACCAGCCCUGUCACUCCGCCACUGCCCAACAUGUUUUCUCUUAUUUAUUUUAUUUUUGUCUCAGCUGCAUGUGAAGGGGUCCUCUACUUCUCAGUUGAUAGAUCCAUAAGGAAAACCAUCUGGAGGUGUUUUCCUUGGUGGUUUUUUAAAAAGCGAUUUCCACUGCUGUGGACCAGCCUUAAGGCUUCUGUGCACAGAAACAUGGGGACUUGGUUAUACUUGGUCAGGGAGAGCUCUGCCGCACAACCGUUACACCCAUCUUGAUGAACACUCCCUGUACAAUCCAGAGUCAUAGCUGCUGUUCCUGUACCUUUGCCGUUCUUCUGUUCCCUUGAAAACAGCCAUCACCACUGUUUUUGACAAGCUUGCAUUUUAGUAUUGAUUUAUAAAUAGAGAUUAUCCAAAUAUCAGCUUUAAAAGCAAACCUUAGUAUCAGUCUCCUUUCCAAGGGCCAUUUAAUAAUGCAAACAUUAUUUCCCUAAUCUCAAGAACUCAGUCAAGCACAGGUGUGUAAUCACUGAGUUGGGGGUUUUAUGCAGUAACACUGUCCUCACCCUUCUCUUUGGUGCAGUGAAUACAGACUGCAGCUACACCCAGGAAACUGGUUCAGUGUGAUGCUGAGUCCUAAAUGACCGUGGCCCUAAAUCCUCUAGUGAAGAGGAUGGAGGCACAGUUCACCAGUGAGGCCAUGUAGGAGCCAGUAGUAAUCAAGUGAUACCUCAGGUUCUCCUGUGGCACUGUCUGUGGCUACACCUGGGGUCAGCUGAUAGUGUAGGCCACAGACUCUGCUAAACUCUCAGCGGCCAUUGCCCUCCAUCAGCAGUGCAAGUAUACUUGAGUUUCAAUCCAUACAUUUUUGAAAACUGGAAAAGCAGAGUUACUUGAUCAUCUGAGAAACCUGAAACUUCUUUGUUGACAAGACUUUACAGUGACAUCAGUAAUUUUUUAUUGUAUGCAGUGAAAAGAAAAGCAGAAAUAAUAAAAUGUAAUAGUCUUAACACAUUUUAAGGAAAAAUUAGACUGUCAAAAGGCACAAAUUAAGUGUGAUCCUUUCAACAAGUCUGGGAAGAUGGUAGCAGAUAAUCACUGAAAAUUCCAUAUCCAGAGUCUAUAAAAAGUCUCUGAAUCUAAGGCCUGACAUCGGGUAUUACUGCUGCGUUUCAUUUUGAAAGGUGGGGUUUAGUGAAAUUUGAGCCUUUGAUUUGGUCAGAAUUUGGUUUGUGUUACAUGAAGUCAAUAUCACAGCAAAGAUUUGACCAGAACCUAACCUGGUGUGAAAACUGGAGCAGAACAUUUGUCCUCAUCUAAUUCUUAGAGACCUGGGCCACUGAAGGGGUCUGGUUUGGGGUGGAGCUGUUGAGUUUGCUUCUAGGUUUCCAUCUGAAGGUGAGGCUUAGGCCCUGUCCACUCAGAUGCCAGUGACAACUGCAUGAAGGUGCGGAGCACCUGCCUCAGAAAAGCCCUUCCUGGGCAGGAAAUGGACAGGGGUUAGGGUAGUCCCACUCCCCACCACCCCAAACCUCCACCUGAUUCUGGAAGCUUUGGCCUUCACCAACAGAUGGUGUCAUUGGGCUUGUCUGGAUCAAGUUGUAACAUAGGUUUUCAUUGUGCCUCAAGAUUGCUUCUUCACAGUGUCAGCGUGAAGAAAGAACCCCCUCCACAACUGGGACAUUAAGUCACUACCAGAGUGUCCUCGUGUUUUUCAUCAUCUUAACAGAAAAUGUGAAGAGACUGGUUUCUCCAUUCAUAUUUAUUGGCAGAUGGUACAAAUUUUCCUUUCUACUGAAAGUUUCCAAGUUUUAAUUUCUUCUAAUAAAUUUGCUUCUGCUUUUACUCUCAUAAUCUACUGUCCACAGCAGCUUUUUUUUUUUUUUUUUGAGCAGACACCCCAGAGGAAACCCGAGAUUGUAGGACUGGCUUGUAAACCCCUGAACUCAUCUGACUUAAUAUGAACAGCCCUGCAGGUGCGCAGAUUUUGCACAUAGUCACCCACAGGGACACAUUGUCCUUAUGGAGCUGACUUUUGGAGCCUUCCUCUCUAGCCUGUAAGUCCAAGGAUUCUGUGUGGCUUGUCAUCGUGCAAGCAUCCCUGCAUCUGUUGUGCUCAGGCACUGGCCGUUUCACUUUUACAUAGCACAUCUUGGGAAAGGUGGGGAUAUUCCCACAAGUGCACCUAGAACCCUGUUGCUUAGUCCUUAGAGAUUUGCUAGGUUUACACUAAAGAUAAUUGUACUUGCACAACUUUGCCUAAUUUAGAAACAGAAUAUGUAUUUCUUCAAUGGCUGAGUGCCCUGUAUGUGAAUGUGACUUUGGAUCGAAGUGCCCUGUCAUUCAUGUGUUACACAAUAAAGUUGCGCUGUACAGCAA